AGAUCCAACUUUGGUGAAAAGAACCGAUUGUGAUGAUGGCCAUGCAUUUUCUCUCUGCUCUCACUUUUGUGCUUCUCAUUCAAGAGAGCAAUACCUGGUCUUACUACUUCUCUGGAGAAAACAUGACUUAUGAUGAGGCCAGUGCUUAUUGUCAGCAAAAAUGUGCACAUCUGGCUGCCAUUCAAAAUAAAGAAGAGAUUGACUAUUUAAAUUCCAUAUUAGACUAUUCAAUAAGUUGUUACUGGAUUGGAAUCAGAAGAUUUAACGAUGUGUGGAUCUGGGUAGGGACCCAAAAACUUCUCACUGAAGAAGCCAAGAACUGGGCUCCAGGUGAACCCAACAAUAAGCAAAAUAAUGAAGACUGUGUGGAGAUCUACAUCAAGAGACCCAAGGAUACGGGCAUGUGGAAUGAUGAGAGAUACAGCAAGAAGAAGCUUGCCUUGUGCUACACAGCUGCCUGUACCCAAGCAUCCUGCAGUGGCCAUGGUGAAUGUGUAGAGACCAUAAAUAAUUACACUUGUAAUUGCUACCCUGGCUUCAGUGGACACACGUGCGAGCAGGUUGUGACCUGUGGAGCUCAGGUUAAACCUCAGCAUGGGAACCUGAAUUGUAUUCAUCCUUUGGGGACCUUCAGCUACAACUCUUCCUGUUCUGUUGCCUGUGAGGAGGGCUACUUGCCAAGCAGCACGGAAACCACGUGGUGUACAUCUUCAGGACAGUGGAGUGCUCCCACUGCAACCUGCAACGUGGUCAAAUGUGAUGCUAUUGGAAAGCCUACCAAUGGAGUUGUAAAAUGUUCUCCAAGCCAAGAAAGCUCCCCAUGGAACACAACCUGUGCAUUUGACUGUGAGGAAGGAUUUGAGCUUCAGGGACCCCAGAGCCUGCAGUGUACCUCAUCUGGGAGCUGGAGUGAUGAGAAGCCCACAUGUACAGCUGUGAAAUGUGAUCCUGUGCAGACACUGGAGAAUGGCUUGGUGGACUGUGCUCAUCCCCACACUGGGGAAUUCACCUAUCAAUCCUCUUGCACUUUCAAGUGUAAGGAAGGCUUUGAAUUACAUGGACCCACUCAACUCAAAUGCACAUCUCAAGGACAGUGGACACAGGAGCUCCCCUCCUGCCAAGCAGUGCAAUGUCCAAGCCUGUCUAUUCUGGGAAAGAUCAACACGAACUGCAGCAGCGAAUCUGUGUUUGGAACUGUGUGCAAUUUUACAUGCCCUGAAGGAUGGACCCUAAAUGGCUCUUCUGUGUUGCUGUGUGAUGCCACAGGACACUGGUCUGGGAUGCUGCCUACCUGUGAAGCCAUUGAGCCUGGUAUUUCCCUAGCAGUUGGACUUUCUGUUGGUGGAACCUCCUUCCUGACAUUAAGUUCAUUUCUUCUUUGGUUUCUGAAGUACUUUCGGAAAAAAGCAAAGAAAUUUGUUCCUGCCAGCUAUGCAGCCCUUGAAUCACAAGAAAGCUGCCCAGUGCCUUCCAACCUCAUUUAAGCUCCAGAGCAUCAGGAAUAAGAAGCAUAUCCAAGAACCUAGAGCAAUACGUGAAGAUGGCAGAUAUGAAGAGCUUCCUUAGGGUCUUUGGCCCUUCUCAUCUACUGUAACCAUUGCCCUUACAACAGGGCUAUGAGAACCCUUGAUUUCAAUGGACCUAAAUAUGGUAGAACGGCCAUCCUUCCACCAACAGGACUCAGAGUUCUCUUCCCUGUUCUCAGGACCAAGCAUUUGAAGGCUGCUCAAUGAAAAGUUUCGAACAAAGCUGCAGGGACCAGGGUCUGGAACCUCAGUGUUCCUUUGCUAAUGCUGGCCUCUGCUCAAUAGGCAGCAAAUUGGUCAAAUAUUGCAUUGUAACUUGAACAAUGAUACAACUUAAUGGUGCAAGGUGCAAAUCCUACUUAAUGCUCUAUGUAAGAGUUACUGAAAGCAGUUGUUAUCAUCUUUAUCCCUAUGGGAUUCAACACG